UGGGUUGCGCGUUGCACAGCAUCGCCUUGAUCGCUGCAGACAUCGGAACAGGGGCCAGUCCAGAGCUUAUCAGAAGGAACUCGUCGAGUUGCGAAGAAGGUGGACAUUACAGAGGCGCACGUCGGGAAUACCGAAUCCUCGUUGGAACCUGCGCUGCGCAGAUGUGCAAGCACAUUCUCAACGCGCAAGUCUCGGUCAGAGCACCAUGCUGCCAACAGUGGUUCGAUUGUCCAGCCUGUCAUGCCGAAUCGGAAUCGCACGCUCUGAGAAAGACGUUGGAGAUGCAGCUGAUUUGCAAAAAGUGCAAGAGGGCUUUCAGGGUCGAUUUGACUCGGGCGGAGGAAGGGGACGAGUAUUGUCCGCAUUGCGAUAAUCACUUUGUCGUCAAUGCCAAAACAACGAGCAAGACAGAAGAAGAGGAGGCAGAAGACUUGCAGAGGAGCAUCCAACCAGACAAGCACGAAGAGUUUGACGCUAGAACAUCGUUCAUGUCUCGAUAUGACCCUGCCAGGCAAGACGAUUCGGACAGGAUAGACGCUGGAGGUGUUCAAGCCGCGCUAGAAAGUCGGAGCAGGGACGCAGUCUCUGCCAAUAGAGAUGCGAUCAGAGCGAGGGAGAUCGGGGAUGUGUUGGAUAGGAGGAGGCAGGAAGUCGAGCUGGCCGACGACGAUUUGGAUUGGAGCUGAGCGAGAUCAUUCUGACGUCGCGCACACGAUCCCAAUGCGCCUCAUCAUGAAGCAUGUACACUGACGACUGUCGCAAGCGAAUAUGACAAGAUGAGGCGGAAGAUGCAUUGUACUGAUCAGGCUGAGAUAAAUAGAGGUCCAUCUCGAAGCGCAAGAGUUUGGCACAAUACACGUUUGACUGCUCGACUGCGAAGGAGCUUGCAUCGGCACAGGAGACGGCGAGGCAGCAAGGGUAGAAAGGUGGGGGUAAG